AUGAAGCUGUUCCUUACAUAUCUCCCCGUGCUGCUAGCGGCAACAUCCCAGGCCAGGACUCUCCGUACCACGACCUCAACCUGUGUUGAGGGACAUCGCGAACAGAUCCUCCCCGGCUAUUGGGUCGAGUACAAGUGCAACGUCGCGCUCACUGGGUUCAAAUACGAGGAUGUUGCCACCGCAAAAGACUGUGCGGAACUUGGAAAGUUCGACAAGCGUGUUUGCACCUGGAAGGAAAGCACAAAAGUCUGCAUCGUCGGCGACAAGAAUGGCGAUGAGGCUGGCAACCCUGGAGCUACCUGCAUGAUCCCGAUAUCGUCUCCGGGUUCAGGCUGCGGCGGAUCUGACAAAUCGUGCAACGACAAGCUGGAGAAAUGCGAGAAGAAGGUGGAGGCUCUCGAGAAGAAGGAAGAAACUUGUAAAACGAAGGACGAAGCCUGCGAAAAGAAGGUGGGGGAGCUCGAGAAGAAGGUAGAGGCUCUCGAGAAAAAGGAGGAAACUUGCAAAAAGAAGGACGAAGAUUGUGAGAAGAAGACAGAGGCACUCGAGAAGAAAGUUGAGAAAUAUGGACCAGUUUCGGUCAAAUGUAAGUUUCUCACACCCCAACCCAAGUAUGUCAACUAA